UGCUUUCCAGCGAACUUUAUGUAGAACAACAGGAGAGUUCUGAACUGUCCAGAGGGGAUAUAUUGGCCUAUUUUUUUCGGACACGGAGAUGUAAAGAGAAACGGAUGACACGGUAUUGAGACGUGUAGCUUUAGCGCAAAAUAAGGACUUAUAUUGAAUAUGUGGCGUUAGUUAGCUAGCUAACUUAGUUUCUACUUAACCUAGCUAACAUUAGCAGCAAGUCUAGGACAGUUACCCUGUAUUUUGUCAGCAUAUGCUACAUGUAUUUGUUAGUUUUUCUUCUGUAUCUGGCGUGACAUCACAAAAAAGUAUGCGUCACGUCUUUGAGACAUUCAUAAACCAAGAAAAUGUCAAUGAAAGCCUCCUGUAAACUUUGAUGGAACUUGCCUUUAAGCAUCUAUCGUGAACGAGCUAUCGUAAAGGCGGACAGCCACAUGCACAGCUGUUUUUAUCUUUUGCCAUGCCAAAUCACUCAUCUGCUGACUACGCCGCGGAGUAUAAGACAUAAUGCCUUGACGGUGCACUCAUUUUGUAGGAAUUAACGACACUGUAUAAUUGAAUAGUUACUAUAUCAGCUAUUCGCGAUGGCAAGUGCCUUAGCAGCGAAAAUGGGAUUUAACUCACUGAUGAGAAAACAAGCCAGGAACUUCAACGUCAGGAUCUGCACAAUGGAGUCAGACAUGGAGUUCAGCUGCGAGGUCAAGUGGAAAGGAAAAGACCUUUUUGACUUGGUGUGCCGAACUUUGGGGCUGAGGGAGACGUGGUUUUUUGGGCUCCAGUACAGCAUCAAGGACACAGUUGCUUGGCUGAAGAUGGAAAAGAGGGUUCUGGAUCAGGAGGUACCAAAGGAGGAACCAAUCACCCUUCACUUCCUGGCCAAGUUUUACCCUGAAAACGCAGAGGAGGAGCUAGUACAAGAUAUCACACAGCAUCUCUUCUUCCUACAGGUGAAGAAGAAGAUCCUCGAGGAGGAGAUUCACUGUCCACCCGAGGCCUCUGUGCUGCUGGCCUCCUACGCCGUCCACGCCAAGUAUGGAGAUUACGACCCCAACGUCCACAAGCCCGGCUUCCUGGCUGAGGAGGAACUGCUGCCAAAGAGGGUGAUUAACUUGUACCAAAUGACUGCAGAAAUGUGGGAGGAGAGGAUCACAGCGUGUUAUGCAGAGCACAGGGGCAGGACGAGGGAUGAAGCCGAGAUGGAGUAUUUAAAAAUAGCUCAGGACCUGGACAUGUAUGGCGUCAAUUACUUUUUAAUCAGGAAUAAAAAGGGAACGGAUCUACUGCUGGGAGUGGACGCCCUGGGUCUGCACAUCUACGAGCCGGACAACAGGCUGACACCCAAGUGCUCCUUCCCUUGGAAUGAGAUCCGCAACAUCUCCUACAGCGACAAGGAGUUUACCAUCAAACCUCUGGACAAGAAAACAAAUGUUUUUAAGUUCAACUCUUCACGGCUAAGAGUCAACAAGUUGAUCCUCCAGCUCUGUAUAGGGAACCAUGACCUGUUUAUGCGCCGGCGACGGGUGGACUCGCUUGAAGUGCAGCAAAUGAAGGCUCAGGCAAGAGAGGAGAGGGCCAGGAAACAGGUAGAGAGGCAACGUCUGCAGAGGGAGAAGCAGCUGAGGGAGGAGGCGGAGAGAGCCAGGGAUGAGCUGGAAAGGAGGCUGAUUCAGCUGCAGGAUGAGGCUCACAUGGCCAACGAAGCACUGCUGCGUUCGGAGCAGACGGCAGACCUGCUGGCUGAAAAGGCCCAGAUCGCAGAGGAGGAGGCCAAGCUGCUGGCCCAGAAAGCUGCCGAGGCUGAGACCGAGAUGCAGCGCAUCAAAGUGACUGCCAUCCGUGGCCAGGAGGAGCGGCGGCUCAUGGAGCAGAAGAUGCUGGAGGCAGAGAUGCUGGCCCUCAAGAUGGCCGAGGAAUCAGAGAGGAGGGCCAAGGAGGCUGAGCAGCUGAAACAGGACCUGCAGGAAGCCAAGGAGUCAGAGCGCAGGGCAAAGCACAAGCUGCUGGAGAUAACCAGCAGGGCUGUGUAUACGUCCCCUGGACUGCCGGCUGACAGCAUGCCUCCCGACCUGAGCUUCAGCAGGGAAAACCUCAGCUUUGACUUUAAAGAUACCGACAUGAAACGCCUCUCCAUGGAGAUCGAGAAGGAGAAGGUCGAGUACAUGGAGAAGAGCAAGCACCUGCAGGAGCAGCUCAAUGAGCUGAAGACGGAGAUUGAAAGCCUGAAGCUGAAAGAGAGGGAGACUCCACUGGACAUCAUUCACAACCAGAAUGCCGAGCAGGGGACCAGCAAGCACAGCAACUUUAAAAAGCUGACACUACAGAGCACCAAGUCCAGGGUGGCCUUCUUUGAGGAACUCUAAACUACAUACUUGUAAAGGUGGGGCUGCACAACUGCCAAAAACCUCAUGAUUCCACAUUCCUGGUCAGUUUUAAAUGAUUGGCCACACUACAAAGCCUUAUGCUCCACUUCCUGGGAAACCACCACGAAACACUACGGACAAAAAAAAAAAAAAAAGACCACUGCCUUGAUCUGCACCAGGGGCCUCAUGUGUACGCACAAACACGGAUGCAUGCAUAAUAUUCCUGCACUAAAUCUGGGAUUCGUAAAAAAGAAAAAAAAAUGUGUGUGUGUGUUUACAGUAAGAGUGUGUAUACAGCACACUCGCCUUGAAUAUUUUGAAGUGAACUUGGGUGUGGGGUUUUUAUUAAUGUCAAAGAACAAAGGUAGACAAUGCAAAAAGGAAAAAAAUCUGGUCUUCGACUGGUCUGGUUACACGAUGGCUCUAAUGAGUCAGUAUUUGUGGAGUGGUUAUUAUAUCAUGUCCAAACUGGGUGACCUACUUCCUGUAAUUUGAUUGCCUAACUGUUUUGAAAUUCAAAUAGAAAUAAACCACUAAGAGAUAAAGUUGAACAAGAAAAUGAAUUAUAUGGCUGAUAGGCUGCUGUUAUCCUCACCCAAAGGUUUUAAUAUCACAUAUUUAGUACUUAUAGACUGCAAAAUACUGUAUUUUCCUUUACUGGCUUCUAUUUUAACAAUGACUAUAAUGUAAACAAAUUCAUCCAUAUGAUAUACUUUAUUCUGUCUUUAAUUAAUGACUUCAAGCUGCCUUAUUUUCUUGUUUCAGAAGAAUUGUCAAAUAUAGAUUUCAAUGUUAAAGCAGCAAAAACUGCCCAUUUCUUUGCCAUAAAACAUCUAAACAGCCAUUUAGUGCUCGCAGUGGGAGUCGAUGGGCUGUGUUGGAUAUGAAGCUCCACACAAAAAUCCACUUCUGUGAUUUAAAACGUGUGUUGUGAGAGCAGCGUUUUUGUUUGUUUUUUUUAAAUCACAGAAUUUGUGUACAUGUCCAUGUCCUACAUGCUUUUACAGUGAACGCGGAGUGUUGUACAAGUGUUGUGUGUUGUAGCUGCAGCGUUCACAUCUCGUAUGCACAGAGAAGUCAUGUCACACACUGUUACUCCGGCUGCGUCAGGCAGCUGAACACUUGAUUACUGUAGGGUGUCCUUACGCAGGGCACCGAGUGCACUAUGCUCUGCUCUCCAGACUGAAGAGACGAUCAUUUGUACCAGGUGGUGCUUAGAAUUCAAACUGGAUGAAGGAGCUGUGAUUCUCAGAUGUGAGCUCAUCUCUCUCCUAUCUCAAGUUUUUUUUUGUGUGUGUGUGUGAAAACAACCACUUUUUUUCGAAACAUGAAUUUGCAUCUAUUUUGAAUUAAUGUGUCUUUUUGAAUUAAUGUGCUGUUGCUGUCUGAAAGCAAUUUAUUUUUGGGAAUUAUAACAUGAAGAAAAUAUAGUAGUUUUUCUUCCUGUCUGCAUUUAACAAGGAUAGUAAGCAGUAUUUAAAGCAAACUUUGGGUGAAGAUACAGUACCUACAUUACUAGACUGACAUUGUGAAAUACAGUAUAUGUUUGUUUUAUAUGUCAAAUAAAUGAAUAUCAGGUCUGA